CCAUUUUCAAGUCAUGGCCAAGAAACUAGAAUUCCUCUCAUUUUCAAUCCUUUUUUCUUGGGUAGCUUUGCUUUCUUUCCACAAAGCUGAUGCACUGUCAAACACAGAAGCUGAGGCUUUAAUCGAGUGGAAAAAUAGCCUACCAAACCAAUCAGUUUUCAACUCCUGGGUUUUUCCAACACAUACCAAUAGUUCUUCCACUCCUCCAAGUCCAUGCAAAUGGUAUGGAAUUACCUGCAACAGAGCAGGAAACAUAACUCAGAUAAACCUUCCAAGCAGAGGCAUAAAUGGCACCCUCCAAAACUUUGAUUUCUCAUCCUUUCCCAACCUUCUUCGUCUCGAUCUCAAUGAAAACAAUGUCACAGGAACUAUACCAAUCAAUAUUGGCCUCAUGUCAAAUCUCCAAUUCCUUGAUCUUUCUACAAAUUCUCUCCAUGGUUCUCUUCCUCUUUCCCUUGCUAAUCUCACUAAAGUUUAUGAGCUUGACAUUUCCCGAAACCAGAUUAAGGGAAUUUUGGAUCCCCGUUUAUUCCCUCAAUCAAGCCAGUCCAAAACUGGUCUUUUAAGUAUUAAAAACCUUUUGUUCCAAGAUAACCAGCUUGGAGGCAGAAUUCCUGAAGAGAUAGGAAACUUGAAGUCCCUGCGUCUAUUGGCUCUAGAUGGGAAUUAUUUCAAUGGUCCUAUUCCUUCAUCUCUCUGCAAUUUGAGUGACUUAAGCAUUCUUCGUCUUCCCAAUAAUGUAUUAUCCGGAGAGAUACCUGCUGAGUUGGGAACUCUAACCAAAUUGUCUGAUUUGCGUUUAUUUACUAACCACUUAUCAGGAGUUGUACCAAAAGAACUUGGAAAUCUUUCAUCUUUGACUGUUCUGCAUCUGGCAGAGAACAGCUUCACUGGCCAUUUACCUCCACAAGUUUGUAAAGGUGGAAUGCUUGUCAACUUCAGUGCAGCCUACAACAAUUUCACAGGUCUAAUCCCGAUGAGCCUAAGAAAUUGUCGAAGCUUAUAUCGGGUUAGGCUUGAAUAUAACCAGCUCACAGGAUAUAUAGACCAAGACUUUGGUGUGUAUCCCAACCUUACUUAUAUUGAUUUGAGCUUCAACAAAUUGCGAGGCGAGCUUUCACCAAACUGGGGACAAUGCCGGAAUUUAACGCUGCUGCAGAUAGCUGGGAAUAUGAUUACUGGAAAAAUACCAGAUAAGAUUGUUCAGUUGAGCCAGCUAGUGAAGCUUGAUCUUUCUUCCAAUCAGUUAUCUGGUGAGAUACCAGCAGAUAUUCAAAAUUUGUCAAAGUUGUCCUUCCUAAACCUGAAAGAUAACCAACUUUCAGGCAGAGUACCUGCUGGGAUUGGAUCAUUAUCUGACUUGGAGUCCUUGGACCUCUCAAUGAACAAGCUAAGUGGGUCAAUUCCAUCUCAAACAGGGGGCUGUUCCAAGCUUCGAACUUUGUGUUUGAGCAAGAAUCGGCUGAGUGGUAGAAUCCCAUAUCAGAUUGGUAAUCUAGCAGAGUCAUUACAAGAUUUACUAGAUUUGAGUUGCAAUUCUCUCAGCGGAGGAAUACCACCCCAGCUUGGGAGGCUUACAAGUCUAGAGAUAUUGAACCUGUCCAACAACAAUCUCUCUGGAUCAAUCCCGGCCUCUUUCAGCGACUUGGUAAGCUUAAUGGGUAUCAAUCUCUCAUACAACUCCUUGGAGGGUCCUGUUCCAGGCACGAACAUAUUUCAGUCAGCGAAUCCACAAGCCUUCAGCAACAAUAAAGGUUUAUGUGGGAACAUAAAAGGUCUCCUCCCCUGCAGCAAUGGUGGAGGGAAAGGAAAGCACAAGCUUUUGAUAGUCGUCGUUGCUUCUUUAGCUAUUGCGUUGCUAAUUUCGUUGAUAUUUGUUGGGAUUAUGACAUUUAUGUGGAAAAACAAAUCACCAUCAAGAAAUUUGUCGGAAGGUGAACGGACAACAUUGAAAGUAGAAAAUCCGUUUUCAAUAUGGUAUUUCGAUGGAAAACUUGUGUACGAAGAUAUACUGGAAGCUACAGAUAACUUUGAUGACAAGUAUUUGGUUGGGUUGGGAGGGUAUGGGAAGGUAUACAAAGUGGACAUGCCGGGGUAUGAUGUAUUAGCGGUAAAAAAGCUCAACUUUCAGGCCAGAGAUGAUUCGGAAAUGGAGAAUAUAAAACAUUUUGCGAAUGAAGUGGCAGCAUUGACAGAAAUCAAGCACCGAAACAUCGUAAAACUUUAUGGAUUCUGUUUUCAAGGACUGCAUACAUUUUUGGUUUAUCAGUUCAUGGAAAGAGGAAGUCUAGCGGAUAUUCUGAGAAGUGAAGAGGGUGCCGAAGAGUUGGAUUGGGUGAAAAGAAUAGCAGUAGUGCGAGGCGUAGCCAAUGCAUUAUCCUAUAUGCAUCAUGAUUGUGUGCCACCAAUAAUUCACCGAGACAUUUCAAGCAAAAAUGUGUUGUUGGACUCAGAACUUGAGGCUCAUGUCUCGGAUUUUGGCACUGCAAGGUUUCUGAAUCCAGAUUCCUCAAACUGGACAUCAAUAGCAGGCACAUAUGGUUACCUAGCCCCAGAGCUGGCAUUUAGCAUGGCAGUGACAGAAAAAUGUGAUGUUUAUAGCUUUGGAGUUCUGACACUUGAAGUUGUAACGGGAAAGCACCCAGGGGAACUCAUAUCUUGUCUACAUUCGGGGACUGACCAAAGAAUUGAAUACAAAGACGUAGUAGAUUCUCGUUUAUUGCCUCCUGGAAAUGAGAAAAUCGGUGACAAAUUAGAUCUGAUUUUGAAAGUUGGCAUAUCGUGUUUGAGUGCAGAUCCACAAGCUUGUCCUACCAUGCGAAAUGUAUCCAAUCAGCUUGAAGUACACGGUGGUGAUGAUAGAAAAUAUGGUUUGAAGCGGAUGAUAGAAAAUAUGGUUUGAAGCAUACUCAGGUUGGUAAUAUGUAAAUGUCUUUUUUUUUGGGUGAAUAGGUAUAUGUAAAUGGCUUGCAGCCUAGUUGAGAGUGUUUUCGGUAUGAUUGUCAUUUUCCAAUACGUAUUAAGUAACAUCAUGACACGACAUGGUGGGCGUAAUUAA